UAAAAUGGUCGUAUAAAAAAAAGAAAGAAAAAGAAACACAUCAUCAAAAACUAGCCAUGGCAGUGAGGAGGAAAGACGCACCAUUUCCUCCAUAGCCAUGAAAUGGGCUCCAACAGGAAGCUACAGGCUCCAUUUCUUUAGCUGCACGUCUGCUGGCAGCCAUCGGCACCAAGUGUCUGAUGAAAUUCUUCAACGAAAUGCAGCCAUGCCCGCGCUUCGCCUCCUCCUGCCAUCUUUGACGGCAGACACAAGUUUUCCGAACACCACAGCCCUUGCGUCUCUGAUCCGCGCUUCCACCGGCUCUUCUUCGCGACGUGAGCACGGCGAGCAGCUGCACGCUUUCUGCAUCAAGACAAGUCGCUCUUCGAACACGUUGGUUGCAAAUGCCCUCAUCGCCAUGUACUCGAAAGCGGGCAGCAUCGAAGCCGCGGAGACCAUCUUCAGUAAGAUGGCAGACAAGGACCGCGUCACUCUCAACACCAUGGUUUCUGUUUAUGAGCAGAAUAAUCAACAUCAAGGAGCUAUUGGCAUUUUCUACCGGAUGUGCUGUACCGAGAACAAGCUUGACGAGUUCGGCUUGUCGAGCGCAUUGCGCUCGUGCGCGAGCAUGCGGGCACUAGGAUUAGGUCGAUCAAUUCACGCCCACUCGUUGAAGCUCAGCUGCCUGCCUAAUCUCUGCAUACAGACUGCUAUUAUCAAGCUGUAUUGCGAAUGCGGAAGCAUCGAGGGCGCAUUGUUGAUGUUCGAGGAAAUGCCUGAAAGAGAUGUUAUCUGCUGGAAUUCAAUCAUUUGCGGUCUUGUCAAGAACGGCAGAGACGUAGAAGCAAUACGUUUCUUCAAGGAAAUGAUAGCCGUCGAUGAUGGAGCUGAUUCUUAUACGUUGGCAGCACUGAUUUCUUCUGCUUAUUGCUUGGAAAAAGUGUCCGCCGGUGACCAGCUGCAUGCUUAUGCUAUAAACACCGGAAUCAUCUCGUCACUGUCAGUGAUGAACGCACUGAUUACCAUGUACGCUAGGUCGGGAAGACUUCAUGAAUCGAAGACGGUGUUCCAGACAAUGCCGGGGAAGAACGUUGUCUCCUGGACGGCAAUGAUCUCUGGUUGCGCACAGCAGGGGCGUGAAGAAGAAGCACUGCAGCUUUUCUCUGACAUGAUGAGAGGUACGAGUGCUGGAGUCAGACCGAAUCAGGUCACCUUUAUGACAGCUUUCGAUUGCUGUGGGAAUUUAGCAACUUUGCUGCAGGGGAACAUGCUGCUUGCUUUAGUGCUGAAACUGGGUUUUGCAUCAAGAGUUGAAGUGCAGAAUUCAAUGCUUAGUUUUUUCUCAGAGUGCGGUCGUAUGGAAGACGCAGAGACGACGUUUAAGACCAUAAGGGAGCCUGACAUUGUGUCCUGGAACUCUCUGAUAAGUGGUUACUGUAAACAGGGUAGAGGCAGUGAAGCUCUCGCGACCUUUGAGAAAAUGCAAAAGAACGGAGUGACCCCAGAUUCUAUUACAUUCAUCUCAUUGUUGUCCGCAUGUAGGCAUGCGGGGUUACUCCACGAAGGCCUUACGUUGUUCGAGAAGAUGAUUUUUCAUUAUGGCAUUGAGCCGCAGAUGGAGCACUUACUCUGUACUGUUAACCUCUUGGCACGCUCUGGCCAGCUUGGUCUAGCAGAUAAAUUUAUCAGGCAAAUUGAUCUCAAGCACCAAGACGUGUCCUUGUGGAGAACUCUUCUUGGUGCUUGCAGGGUUCAUGGCAAUGCAGAAUUUGCUUCAUUGGCAGCAGAAAAGGUUCUUGAAAUGGAGUCCUGCAACUCCGAAGCCUUCGUUGUGCUUUCUAAUAUAUAUGCAGCAAGUGGAAGGUGGGACAUGGCAGGCAAUUUUAGGCGCUUGAUGAAGAACAUGAAUGUCAUCAAGCAGCCAGGAUUUAGUUGGAUUGAGGUUGGAAACAAGGUUCAUUGUUUCGUUAGUGCAAGCCCAAGCCAUCCCAAGAUUAAUGAAAUAUACGCCGCACUAAUAGAGCUUAGUAGCCACAUGAAGCAUUGUGGAGAAUGAUGUAUAUAAGAUUCCUUUUAGAACUGCAGAUUGGUGAACCUGUGUUCAAACAAUAAAGCUGCAAUGGUUUUCUUCCGAGCAAGAAACCAGGCAGUCCUGGGUAACUUCUUGUCUUUCUGUGGAGAGAAGAGAUAAGGAAGUCCCUGAACUAGCAACCAAAUGAUCUUCAAGGUUUGAAUCGUUGAUGUAAAAAUCGGGCUGAAUGAACCUUUUGGAAUCCAAUUGCAGCGGAUCGAAAUCCACCAUUGAUCCAAGCAAUGGGUUCACUCUUUUUAGAAGCCACACAUAAACCUGGUUAGACACCUUGUAAAAUAUACAUACCUACAUAUGAGUGACCCUUCUAGUUACAACUUACAUAUAAAUUAUAGCAGAUGGAUUUCAUAUCGUCCUCAGGUCCGAGUUCCGAGGCUAUCAAACACCACCAUACGUUGUGUUUGGCCAAAAAGUUCUUCAGGGUGCAUAGGUCCUGCUGUGAAAAAUUUGUACAAGCAAAAAAUCAGGAUUCUCAGUUGGUGAUUUACGGCGCAGACAUCCAAGCUUAAUUCCCAGACUUCUUAUGUGAGGAAUCAGUUUGAGAAUAGGACAAGGCAUAUCGGAAUAGUCCAUCUAAAGGCGAGAAGUCUCAUGACGGUGCAAUUCGACUACCUGUGAAAAAAUGCCUUAGAAAUGAACCCGAUAGUUUCAUGGCACUCUUGAGCGUGAGAGGCCACCAUGUGGAAG